AUGGGCCGGGGGACGGGGAAUAAUCCCAAAUCAGGGACUGGUGGGAGUCUGGCAGUCUGGCUGACGGCGAGCCUAGCUGAGGCCCGGCGACAGGCGACAGGCGACAGGCGUUGGCGUGCUGCGGUAGGGGCGCCGUGCGCGGGCUGCGGGAUGCGGGAUGGGGAUGGCUCCAAGGCGAUCCAAUCCAAUGGGGAGGGGCCAGUGAGAAGAUCGGUUCCACGCGGACGGGAAAGAGUCGUCAAUCAGGUCAAGUCGGUCGGUCGCUUGGGGAGCAGGCGCAACGAGAUAGGUCGUUCUCUCGGCUGGGAACCCAGGCAGUCCAGGCGUCCAGGCAGUACGGGGAGGCUAGACGCGGCUGGGCAGGGCACGCAGAUGACAGCCCAGAUGACCACUGGCGGGAAUGACACAGGAUUCAGUCGGACGGCACUCCGUGGGGCGGGAGCAUGCGCAAGUGAUGUCGAGGCGGGUGGAGGGAAACGGGUCAGGAGACGCGCGGGGAUGAGGCACGAGAUGCAGGAUGCAGGAUGCAAAGGCCGGGCGGACACCGCGGCUUGGAAAGGAUUGACUGAAGGGUGA